UAUGCACACAGAAAUAUGUGUUUUUGUCAUUGGCAUUGUUAAGUACUACUAGCUUGCUUAGAUCUGACCGAGAGGUUGCAGAGAAUUAUGGAGGAGGUUUUUGGCGUAAAAACUAGUAUAGUUUGUUUUUCAAUUUUAUUGUUGGUAUAUAUUUAUUACAAACUUGGAGUGAAGUCUGAAAUUAUACGAGCAAAGCUUAGAAAGCAAGGUAUAAGUGGUCCAUUGCCAUCCAUUGUAUUGGGGAAUGUUCCUGAAAUAAGGCGGAUAAUGUCUGAAGCUUCUAGCAAAGGUGUCAAGGAGAAUAAUUUGCAGCUAGUUGACCAUUCUUUAUCUCUCUUCCCAUAUUUCAAGAAGUGGACCAAGCAAUUUGGAAGGACGUUUAUGUUUGCGCUUGGAGGAGUACAGUUACUGUAUGUUUGCGAUGCUGAAAUAGUAAGAGAAUUAAGCAUCUUCAAAUCACUGGACUUGGGGAAGCCUGCUUAUCUGCAGAAGGAUAGGGGUCCUCUAUUAGGCAAAGGCCUCAUUACAACAAAUGGUACACUUUGGGCCCACCAGAGAAAAACAAUAGCUCCCCACCUCUACAUGUAUAAGAUUAAGGACAUGGUGAACCUAGUGGUGGAAUCUGCAAAUACACUAGUUAAGGCUUGGGAAAGCAGAGUUGAUCAAACAGCUCAUGGUGGUGCUGUAGAUAUACCGGUCCAUGACUACGUGAGAAGCUUCUCUUCCAAUGUAAUUUCAAACAUUUUAUUUGGAAGCAACUAUAGAGAAGGAAACAUGAUAUUUCCCAAGUAUAGAGCCCUUCUGAAUGCCAUGGCUUCACCCACCAUACUUAAUGGGAUUCCCUUCUCAAGAUUUUUUCCCACCAAGAAAAAUAUGCAAGUGUGGAGAUUGGAAAAGGAAAUAAAUUCCAUGAUCAUUGACAUAAAGAACAAACACAUUGGAAGGCCACAUGAUGAGGACAUGUUAAAGGGGAUCAUGGCAGGUGCGAAGAAUGCUAAGCUUGGGCCAAACGCCGAGGAUCAAUAUCUAGUGGACAAUUGCAAGAACCUCUUCUUGGCUGGAUCUGAAGUUCCUGCUGUUGCUGCAAUGUGGGGUUUGAUGCUAUUAGCUCUGUAUCCCGAGUGGCAAGCGCGAAUUCGCUCUGAGGUCGAGCAAGUUUGUGGCAAUCCCAACAUUAUUGAUGCUAGCGUACUUCACAAGAUGAAAGUGAUCGAAAUGGUUAUACAAGAGGUGUUGCGGCUAUACCCGGCAGUGAUAUUUGUGUCGAGGCAAGCCUUAGAAGAUAUAAAGGUGGGGAAAAUGUGGGUUCCAAAAGGUGUAAAUAUAUGGAUAUGGAUGCUAGAGUUGCAUCGAGAUCCUGAACUUUGGGGACCUGAUGCUCACAAGUUCAACCCUGAAAGGUUUGCUAAUGGAGUUACCGGGGCUUGCAAGUGUCCGCAAGCCUACUUGCCAUUUGGUGUUGGUGGCCGAGUAUGCCCAGGACAGAGCUUAGCUAUGGUAGAGCUGAAGAUCCUCUUUGCUCUGAUUGUAUCCAAUUUCAAUCUCUCUGUUUCUCCCAACUAUCAUCAUUCCCCAGUUUAUGGUUUGCUUUUGCAGCCUGAACAUGGUGUAAAUCUUCUAGUACAAAAGAUAUGAGAAAUUUGUAUGAUCAUACGUUGCUUGAUCUUGUAGUAUUGUGUCCUCAAAAUCAUAAUAAAGUGUCUAAUCCUAUUCCAUCA